GUGAAAUAUAAACACAACAAACACUCAAAUGAGUUAUACUUUUAAUUAAUUUGUUAUUUAUUUUAUUAUUUAUUAUUAUUAUAUGCUUUCAAGUGUACGACAAAUGUAACAAAACGUGAUUUUUAUUGAUAUUUAUUGAAAACAAUUAACUAAAUGUCAUCUAUUGAUACCACUUAUCAAGUGAUUCAUCAAAUUGAUUGAAAUAAUCAAAUGAGUGCUCAAAUUGAUUAUAAAACAAUGUGAAGACAUGGAUGUCAACAGUGGCCACAAUUGAUCGAUAGUUUGGUUGAUCACUAAAUCAGUUGAUUGAUUGGUCACACAAUGAACGGCAUGCCGUCAUCCAAGUCGAUGUAUACGGAGUGGUCAGUGUUUCGGGUGGUCGACAUGUGUGAGGCCAGUCGGGUCUCAGUAUUGCACAAAAUGCCACAAAUCAAUGGCACACUUCUGGUCACAUCUUGUGUCAAACCAUUGGCCCAAAUGUUGAACAACACAAAUGUCAUCAACAAUACUACUGAAGACAACGAUUUUCUCCAGAAUGAUAGGGAUGUGCUUUGGAUUAUGGAAGUGAUCUGUUAUGGUCUGUCACUACCCUUGACUUCAGGUGAACAACACGACUGUGUCCGCGAUUGUGUCAGUCUAUACAGCGAAUGGUUAUACGCAUUGAGUCCACAGUUGGCCAAAUCCAAGGUAAUCCCUUUCCCGAUCCGAGACGACCCGAACCUCUAUUGUCGCAAAAUCUUAGAACACAUUUAUAACAUAUUCAUCGCCCGACCCGUCGCUGGCAAUGAAGCAGUUGUUUUGGAUGCCAUCCAACGUCAGGCAGUAUUAUGUCAUCGAUUAUUGCGAACAAUAGAAAACAUAGUUCAAGACGAACACAAUCUAAUGGACAGACAAUUUUGGGAUUCACUUCUUAUUUUUUUAUUAGCCAUUAACGACACAUUACUAUCACCACCAGUGGAAACCAAUGAUAUCGGUACUCAAAUUAGUGACCGUAUAAUAAAUGUUUUGUUUGAGAUUUGGUUAAUCGCUUGCUGUCGUUGUUUUCCUUCGCCAUCCUUCUGGAAGACAUUCCAACACUUGAGUAGCUGUUGGAGACACAGACCGGCACUGAUUGACACCUGGAAUCGAGUCAACUAUUCUUUGACAUUACGUUUAGUCAAACAUAUGUCUCCUAACAGUUACGAUAUAAACGCCAAUUCACCAACUCUUCAGAAAAACUAUUUAAAUGUCAUUUUAGAUGAGAUGAAUGAAGAGACACUUAAACAAUGUUGGUAUCGAUUUCUUCAUUGUAUUGGAAAUCCCGUUGAUUUGUGUUCGCCUGAAAUUAUUAGUAAAACCGAUAGGUUUUAUCACAGCGCCUGUGCCUCAGAGAAUGUGGUCGACCCUCGACAACAUCCCUGUCUCAACAAUUUGCCGCAUAUUUUCUACAAAUCAAUGAAAGGACUUUCAGUACUCGUCGAUACAUUUUUAGGAAUUCCAGUUACUUUUGAAGAGAUUGAUGUAGAGAUGUACAAAUCGUCGACAUCACUAGCAAUGUCUUCAGCCAUCAGUUCCAUUCAACCGCCACCGACUCCUCCAGAGCGACGUAAGCCAGCAUUUCCCGCAUUAACUAUAAAUAAAACACAAAACAAAGGAAUGUCAUCAAAACACACGGUUACCACUAAAGCUGAACCAAAUGUCAAUCCUUUGCCUACCAUUAUUUAUCCAACGGUUCCAGAAUAUAUAUUGCCACCAACUCGACCAAAGUCAACAUCAAUAUUAGAUAUAUUAGGCGAUUGGCUCUUUCAGGCGGCACUCUUUGGAUCCGAUCUGAAAGAAAAUGAAAUGAUUCGCUCAAAUAGCAGUCAAUCAUUCUCUCAAAUAAAUGAAUUACAACGAAAACAAUCUGCAGCUUCUGAUCGGUUACUCAUUGAGACUCUACCACUAUUAGGUCCCGAAAGCUUUGAAGCCGGACAGGCGGAGGCUAUUGGGGCACUCUGUCGACUGUUUUGCUUUAAAAAGGCAGACGAAGAAAUAUCAACAAUGCUUAACAAACAACCGCAUCCACCCUUUCAAAAGGUUAAAAAUUAUUUAACACAAUUUCAUUUGGCACUUCAAUUUGGACUAUCGCUUAAAGAAACUUUUCGGCGCCAAUUUAUAGCAAGUAUUCUUAUAAAUUCAACAAAAAUCUUUGAAGUGGAUCUUCCAGGAGGUAGUCUACUAAUACCACAUUAUUUAAAAGCGUUGGAAAUUUACUUAAUCCCUAAAGAGAAGCCAAACACUAAACCAGAUGUUGAAAUCCGUCGAUCGUGUAUUAAAUUAUUGUUAUCGUUGUUUUCAUAUCCAUUGCAUUUCAAUGAACUUCCCAUUAAAGAAACCUUGAGUGAGACCCCUUCGACAACAUUCCAGUCCCUUCGUCCUCGUCUUAUUAAUCUUCAAAUUCAAGCACUUUGUGGUGAAACCGACUCAAUAAAUGUUCAAAUGAUAUUAGGCGGUUUUCUUUUAAUGGUUUCUGAUGUCUCUAAUAAUGAAUUAUUCAAUCAAAAUGAAAACAGUGACAGCAGUCUUGAAUCGAUGCGAUCAAACUCUUUGAACGGACACAAUCUAUCUUUUGGUCAAACGAGUUGUGAAUCGAGUUUAAUGUCAAGUGAUAUCCAAUAUUUAGACGAUGGAAAAGGCAUUCCUGACACAGCUCGGGGUUUAUUUGGUCGGGCGCUGUCACAAGUGGGACAAGUGUUGGCCCGAUGUCGUGAUAAAAGUCAAUACGAUUCACAAGUUUCUUUGGCUGCACUCGAAGUGCUGUCAGUUAUCGGACGAAUCAAUUUAUCAAAUGAUAGUAAAUAUGGACAUCAUAUGAAUUGUUUGCUUGAAUGUAAAGAUACGGUUAAACAGAUAUAUGCUUUUAUUGAGAGUCAGUGCGAAAAGCCGGCGCCAUUCCAUUCAAAAGACUUACAUUCCACUAUUGUCGCCGCUUAUCAAUGUCUGGCCGUUUGGUUUCAUCAACACUCACACCUCCUUAGAGAGAAAGACUGUAUUUCUAUGUUAUUAGAAGUAAUCGAAUUAGGAAUUUCUGGAUCAAAGUCCAAGAAAAAUGGAUUUGUUUUUAAAGCAGACAAACCAUUAAAACCGGCCUCAAUGAGGGUCAGGGAGGCCGCUGAGUCAUUGCUCACUUUACUUAUGAAUCACUUUAAUAAUUGUCCACCGACUCCGUGCCCACCGGAAUCAAUAAUAGGUUCAACUUUAUUAGAUGAAUGCAAUUUAUUGAAAUAUUUAUCAAUCGGUAAAAAUUUAUCGCCUGAAUCUGCUUGCGAUCGGUUCAAGUACUUUGUUAGCGAUAAUCUCAUAAUGAUUGCAAUUUUGGAUAUCUUGGAACCAAAUGAUAAACAAACUGUUUGUAUAAUCAGAUCUCCAUUUGGUAAAUAUUGCUGGUCUUUCACGUUUAGACAACUGUCCCGAAAACACAAUAUGAAAACUUAUAAUGAAGUGGUUGCUCGACCUCUACCUAAACCCGAUUCAAUGACUAAUAUAUUGGGCCAAACAGUCCGUCAAUUUCCUGAAUCAUUAGAUAAAAUAAAAUCUACAAAAUUCGAUAGCUUUGUCCCAAAUCUAACCAAAAUGAUUGCCGAAUCGCCAGAAUUUCGUUCGGAUCGGGAUAUUAUGACAAGUCUUAUUGAAAGAGUUGAAAAUCAUAUGAAAUAUGAGAAACAAAGGGCUCAUAAAAUACCAUUAGCUAACAGAAGCUUAGAGUGUAAGGAACCGAUGCCAUCAACAGAGACCGAAGCGGCCAGACUCAUACUCUCGCACUUCAGUUUCCUUUCAUUUGAAACAUUGCAGGACGCACCUAUGGGUCAAAUGAUUCCAUCAUUGAUUGCAUUGAACAGCAAAAGUGCUGAUUUUGUGUCAAAUUUGAAAAUUCUUGACUCAAUUUCUAACCGAACGAGUGAUACGGCAUUUGUUUAUUAUAUAAAACAAGGAGUGAAAAGUGCUGAUGAAAUACUUGCCGACACUAAACAACAAAUCAUUUCAAACAAUCAAUUUAAAAGUUUUGUAUUAUCUUUGGGUUCUGUUGUCGACGUUAAGAAUCAUUCGGGAUGGACGGGACAUAUUUCAACCGCUUGGAAGAUAAUACAAGAUUGUAAUGUCAAAGAUCACGAAAAGAAUUGUGUAUUUGAUGCUAAACGACAUGUUCUCUAUUGGGCUGAUGUAAGCCAUGAAUUAGUUUUUGUAUUACCGUCGAGUUUUUCUUCGCUUUCGGAAGAUUCAGACAAUCAAUCACUUGAUGGCGAUUAUAAACAGAGAGUUACUGCAGAUUUUCAUUUAGACACAAGAUCUGUAUCGAGUCUUAGUGAUGAUGGAAGUAAUACAUCGAAGAAUAUAACAGAAAACGAAUCGACAAGAAAUAGUCUGAGAAGGAAAUUUCGAAAUCAAUUGCUUCAUAACGUCGGAUGUGAUGUCAAAGUACUUAUAUUUUGGAUGGAAAGCACUGACGAUCACUACGAUCUACCUAUCAAUUCUUUACUUUUAACGACUGGCACUGGAGUCGAGUCUAAUCUAAGUCUUUGGAAAGACUUCGUCCUUAUACUUAUUCAUCCGCUAAAGAACGGACUUUUCAGGAUUAUUCUACAGGGAUCGGGAGGACGAACUCCAAUCACUUUACCCCUAAUCGAUGGUAUGGUUGUCAGUAAACACAUUUUGGGUACAUUUGUCCGAUUGGCAGCUCUGAAUGUAUGCCGACGUCGACGCCUCGAUACUGAAAGCUUCCAACCACCUCAUGUCAAGAGAAGACUGAAGAUUCAAGAAAUUGUUAACAAAUAUAGACUUUUGUUACCUGAGUCUGAAUUUUACAAUUCGUUAUUUACUUCGAAAUAGUUUAACGUUUGUUAGAUUUAUUAAUAACCAAUUCAUUCAUAU